UGCAUUCUCUUGCGCAGGCCAAGCGAUGCGAGUACCAGAUUUGUCUUUUCGGGCAGGCCUAUUGCUAGGAUAUCAGCUUCGUCUUUGAGCACAACAGAUGCACAUACCUGAACGCACCAGCGUUAUUUUGAGGAAGGGCAUGGGUGCACAAGUUUGUUGGUGCUUGGUCGUCGCCUUUCUCAUUUUUUGGGCUGACGAGACCUCACACAUCCAAGGCAUUACACUCACUCAGCCAGUAGCUCGACAGAGGGGCAGGCAUACCUGGACAGCUGCUGUAUAGUAAGCUCCUGCCAUGGGUGCUCAAGAAUCAAAGCUGAGUUUCCGCAGGGGGAUCUUCAGGUUGCAUGAAGAGCGCAACAUCGCCUUGGAUGACCCAUACUGGCACAACUUCUGGACUCUACCGGAAGGCGCAGAAGACGUAUUUACCCUCUUCUCGCCAACAGACAUACGUAGAGCGCGCGACGAAGCGCCGGAGAACUUCAAAAGCCUGCUGCUUGUUUUGUGUACGCGACUCUUUGCACUCAAGGAUCAUGCACAAUUCCCAACAAGCAAUGAGAGUAAAGCGCCAGAGCAGCAUCUCUUGAACUGCUUGCGUGUCUUGACAAGGUUGAUUCCAUUCAUCUUCGAGUCGGAUGCGAUGGACGAUGCAAUGGAGAACUUUUGGUGGGUGAAGCGGACACGGCGGACCUCGAGGUCAGUUGAGCCGCCAGAGGAGUCGACGCCGACGCAAGAAUCGAUUCAAAUGACACAAAUGCAAGCGACAAGCAAUGCAGAAGAGGUGGAGCCAAUGGCGGAAGAACUCAUGCAUACCUUGGUGGAUCUGCUGUUUUACUCUGGCUUCACAAUACCACCCAACCAGAAGGGUAAAGUGGUCUACAGCAUAUGGGAGACUGGUGUUGGGUGUACCAUUCCCAUGGGCUCGACCAAGCAACUCGACUCCAAUAGGAUUGAAGUGCUUCGCUGCAUUCUAGCACUCAUCUCACGCGGCAUGUAUAUCCCUGCCAAUGUCGAGCGCGAGAACCGUCACAUCACCCAUCUUGUGGUGACAACACCAAAGAAUGUGGUUCUCGCUAUCUUGUGCUCCAUGUUGAACAUCACCAUGAAGUAUAAUCCAACGACAUGGCGGACCCUGCCUUACUCCGCGGCAUUUCUUGCGGAUUCACGGCAACUGCUCGUCACCUACUGCCUUCAAUUUCUGCUUGCGCUACUCUGCUAUCCUCUGCCAGAGUCAGGUACAACAUGCUACAUACAGCAAUCCGCAGACAAGGACGAGCCGGUUGAUCAAUUUAGAUAUUACUUCAAGAAGCUCCAUCGAGCGGCGGAUUUCAACUUCAUGGUAGAUGGCAUGCUUCGAGCGCUCCAACAGCCGUUGCAGGCAUCUACAGCACUACUGCCUGGUUCUCAAAAGGCUGUUCGCUAUUACCCAGAGAUGCUGUUCCUCUUCUGGGAAACGUUGCAGCAGAAUCGACGCUUUCGCACCUUUCUUAUCGAAACAGAUCGAGCACUCGACUUCCUCGUGCUUCUUCUCUUCUAUGCGCUUGAAAACAAGACCGAUCCUGCUCAGAUUGGCCUCGUGCGCAUGUGCGUCUUCAUUCUGCAACCCCUGAGUGCAGAGUCCAAGUUCGCAAAAUCGCUCAGCAAGCCAUUCGAGGGACACAAUUCUUUGCCGGCUUCAGUACGCAUUCCUUCUCCACACUGCACGUACGCAGACUAUCUCGUCGUCAGUAUCUACUCUCUCAUUGCAACAUCGCGUGGCGCGCUCGUCAGUCUCUAUCCAGCGCUUUUCAUGACAUUGAGCAAUGUAGCGCCUUACUUCAAUGGCCUCAGCAUCAUGGCAUCUACCAAGCUACUCCAGCUGCUCAACAGUAUCGCUCAGCCGAGUUUCUUGUUUGCCAAUGAACUCAAUCAUCAGUUGCUACUAUACUUGCUUGAAGUCUUAAAUGGCAUUAUUGAGCACAAUUUCAGCGAGAAUCCACAUCUCAUUUACGCCAUCCUGCGCAACAACAAGGUCUUUACUGCUCUGCAAAAGCUCUCGCUUGACUCUGGUCUCGAGCAAAUACAAAGACUUCGACGCCGGCGAGCUGAAAAGGAGAAACUCAAGGCUGUUGAUGAAGAUGCGCCACUCAAGGAUAGCUUCGCCAUUGGUGACCAUGACGAUUCUGAACCCGAAGCAUCUUCUCCUGUUGCUCGAUCUCGCACACACUCACGUACGCCAAGUAUGGCUGAUGAUAUUGAUUUCACACCUUCCCCUAAAGUCAUGUCGGAGAAGGCGAAAGGCAAGCUUCCAGAAGGUAGAAGAGAAUCACCGCCUGUGCUUCAACGUCAAAAUUCGGCUUCUAGUAUAGGGUCAGCGCAAACCCUUGGCUUAUACCAACAUGCGAUACUAGAUACAGGCUUUCUGGCAGAUGCACCAUGGUUCCAAUCAUGGUAUCCUGACCUCGACUUAUCACCCAUCAUGCAAGUCUUGACGCAACUACAACCUGAAGUUUUGCGCCUGACGCAGGAAACGCCUGAUCCACGACCUAUUUUACAAUACAUUUCCGGAGCAACGCUUGACUUGGCGCAGCCGGCAAGACCCCCCAAUCCACGGACGUUUGUUUGGUCUGAUCAGGCAAAAGUUUGGUUUGAGUCAUUACUUUGGGGAUAUGUCUACAUUUCCGAAACACGUCUCAAUGUCGGUGCUGUAGGCGUCUGGACGGGCACACACGUCAAGCUGUUCAGGGUGCAGGAAGAUUCAUCCUCUCAAGGCACAAUCUUCAAGAUCGGUGGGGGCGCUGUUGAGGCUGUUGGCAAUUCACUUGCAGAGCGGCUCAGUGGUGCCCUUGGCGUGAAGAGCCCAACGGCACCUUCACCCUCUUGAACAAAGAAGUGUCGCUGGAUUAUGCACAUCAUAGAGUGUUGUUGCAAUUUCAUUUACGAUGUAGAAAAGUCAAAGAAGAGUGGCGUUGAUGCGCGCUCUGCCAGCAACA